AUGGACACUUGCUCAACAAUUUUAAUAAUUGGCUUUGCUCCUCCAGCAGCAGCCCUCAUUUUUCUUGUAAUUGGCCUUGUGUACUCUGACCGGAUGAAUUCAGAUAUUCCUCGGGGGGUUUCAAAGAGUGGUAAACUGCACAGCUCAUGUUUGUUUGUUGGCAUGGCAAUUGUGGAUCAGCAGGAUUGGAGCUCAUUGUGUUUCUUUAAUGUAGCCCCUGACCACAGGACACUACUGGAUGGCUGUAAGCCUGGAACGUGUCAUUUCCUGUCUAUGACUGUGACAGAGUUUAGGCUGGGUUCUAACAGAGCUGCAGUCAGAAAAGACAGCACAGGGGCUUCCUUGGCAACCAUCCUGUGCCAAAGGCUGGCAGGGAGAUAGGGCAGACAUCUGCCAUUCCCCUGCACUCAGGUCCUAAUCUACCUAGUUCUGCAGAUGGCAUAUUUCAACUUGCCUUUAUACCAGAGAAAUCCUGCUGUGGCCAUAUUGUUUUGAGGUUAGAUGGCAGGCUAUUUUCUGCACAACUUGGAUGCUUGUGUGUUUUCAGAGAAGUGCUCAAAAGGAUCGCCCCACUGA